GAGAGAUUUUUCAUUUUAAAAUUGAGGAUAUUCAUCACAUUUCCUUCGACUAAAUUACAUUUUUACGAUGAUUGAAGUUUCUACUGUAGGUGUUCUGCUAAUUGUUUUUACAAUACACCUUUUACUUUUUAACAUUUUUGGUGUCGGGAAACGAAAACGUUAUCCAAACGGACCAGUUGGUCUGCCAGUUCUCGGUCAUUUGCCGUUUUUCGGAAAAAUUCCUCCAAUCACAUUUGCGCGAUGGAGACAGACGUAUGGAGACGUGUUCCGUAUUAGAAUGGGAAGCUGGAAUACCGUUGUUGUGAAUGGUUUUGAAGCAAUCAAAGAAGCUGCUGAAAAACCGGACGAUGCCUUCUCAGGCCGACCGGAUUUCGUGACACAAAAACUGUUACAAGAAAUUACUGGAGAAAUUUCACUUGCAUUUGGACCUUUUGAUGAUAUCUAUUUACAACAUCGAAAGUUAGUCGCUACUGCAUUGCGACAUUUUACUUGUCGUAAAAGUAGAUUUACAGAAGAUCUGAUAUCUGAAGAAGCCGACAAUCUUAUUGAGAAUUUGUUAAAGAAGUCAGAAAAGGAGCCUGUAGAUAUUAGAGAGAAUAUACAAUAUGCUACCGGGAGUGUGAUCUAUCAGAUGUUGUACGGACGUGGUAUUGAUUUGAAUGAUAAAUUGAACGAAAUGGUUGAAUCUGCAAAUAGAUUUAUCAAAUUCACAGAAAGCGGAAACCCUGCUGACGUACUACCAUGGUUACGAAAUCUGAUGCCUUGGAAAAUUUCUGGCUUCAAAAAUAUGGCCAUCCACAACACAGCAAUCCGGAAAGGACAAAUUGAUAACCACAUCAUAUCAUUUUCCGCCGGUAAUGUAAGGGACAUCACUGACACCUUUUUAGCUGCAGACCUGCGAGGAAAGAAUAGAAAUGAACGUGGAUUGACUAGGUCAAGACUUCUGAAUAGCACUGCGGAUCUGCAAGGUGCUGGAUUCGAUACAAGUAACAAAUCGUUUCAGUGGCUCAUCUUAUAUAUGUCCAUGUAUCCAGAAGUUCAAAAACGUGUCCAGCGCGAGAUCGAUGACGUCGUAGGAAGCGGGCGCAGAAUCGAGUUAGUGGACAAGUCCCGUCUUACCUACACCGAAGCGACCAUUUUAGAAGUAAUGCGAAUGACCACAAUUGUUCCAUUUGCACUGCCAAAACUUACAAUUAAAGACACUACAUUAGGAGGAUACGACAUUGAUAAAGGAACCGUAGUCUUUUUCAAUCUCCAUUCGGUAUCGUAUGACAAGGAAUUCUGGGGUGAUCCCCAAACAUUUCGCCCUGAACGAUUAAUUGACGAAAACAAUAAAUUGAAUACGGAAAAGUGCAACCAUAUUUUACCAUUUGGACUCGGACGGAGACGAUGUGUAGGAGAAUUCCUUGCAAGAAUGGAGCUAUUUCUUCUGUUUACAAACGUCAUCAGAAAAUGUAAAUUUUCAAAACCUGCUGGUGAAAGUUACGAUAUGGAACCCGACCCUGGACUUGUAUACUCACCAAAACCGUUUCGUGUUUUAGUGGAGGAACGACAAUAAUUUGACUUCCAUUUUUAAAAUGAUGUGUGCCAUUUUUUUAUUGUACGACAAGGAAUUUUGGGGAGAUCCGCAAAUGUUCGACCUAAACGCAAAAAAGGUGACAGCGACAAUUUAUAUACGGAAAAAUGCAAACAUAUUUUAUCUUUUGAACUUGGAUGAAGACGAUGUUUUGGAUGAUUUCUGGUUGAAAAGGAAUCAUAGCCUUUGUUUACAAACAUCAUAAGAAAAAGUAGAUUUUCAACGCCUGCUUGUGAAAACUAUGACUUGGACUUAGACCCUAGUCUUAUAUAUUCAACAAAACGAUUCAUUGUAGACAGUUAACGACAAUUUGAGCCACACCAUAAGAAAACCAACAUAGAGCAUUUGAGACUAGCAUGGAUCAAGACCAGCCUGCGCAUCCGCACAGUCUUGUCAGGAUCAAUGCUGUUCGCUAACGGUUUCCCUGAUUGCAAUUGGGUUUGAAAGCGUACAGCAUGGAUCCAGACCAGACUGCACAGAUGGACAGGCUGGUCCGGAUCCAUGCUGGUCGCAAUGGCACCAUGUUGGUUUUCUCAUGGUGCGACUGAUUUUGGUACCAUUCUGAAAAUCUAAAGCACCGACAUCAAUCAGAAUUGUUAAUAUACAUGAUGAUAAGAUUACGUAAUACAGUCGAUGAAAUUUUAUUUGCCAAUGUCUUAAAAUAUUUGUAUCAUCCAUAUUAUGUUCAUAAAAUGUGUUAACC